UGGGGCCCCCGGGCAAUAGGGGAUCAUGGGGCCCCUGUGUCCUUGCCCAAACUCAAAAAAGCCUAUGAAAAAAGAACCAGGGGCAUCUCAUGGGGCCCCCUACUGACCCCUGGCCCUCGGGCAGUGCCUGAGUUUCCAAAUGGUCAGUCUGCCCCUGGUGUGGAGUACCGAGAUGGAACCCCGCUAGCAAAACGGAAUUUUGGGUAAAACAGAGUUUUGGGUAGAGUAGAGAAUGUCUGAAACUUCUGUUGGGUUUUUUUCUCCUGGUGUGAGCUCCCUUAAGGAGAAUAUUUUUUUCUACCUUUUUGUCCAUCUGUGACCAUGCCAGUAAU